CCCAAUCCUAAAACGAAAGAGCGUUAAUUCUCACAAGAUCUUCACAAACUUACCUUUGUUUAUUACUUCAAGGUGCAGUUGAUGCGUUUUUGCAUUCACUUUUGAUAAUUCACGCGCAUGACAUUUAUGACAAAGGUCAAUGCGCAGUCGAAAAACAUUGCGCAUUUCGUUUCUUGACUAACCUUACAGAGUUGGGUUGAGUGUCGAUCGACCACCAGCGAACGCUCGCAGCAGCCGCCAGCCCGUGCUAGAGGGCGAAAGCCUUUCCAAUCCUUGUGCUGUUUUUGGUGCCAGUGGGUGUAAAGUGUCAACAACCCCUUUUUGUUGUGCCGUGCUAGAAAAAAAACCCACAAGAUGCCUGCCCCCGCGCCGCCCGCCGAGCCGAAUGGCGCGCCGCGCAGCGAGCUCGAGCAGAUCCAAAUGCGCCAGGGACAAGUCACCGAUGAUUCAUUGGAAUCCACCCGGCGUAUGAUGCAAUUAUGCGAGGAGAGUCACGAGGUGGGCAUGAAAACCCUGGUCAUGCUGGAUGAACAGGGCGAGCAAUUGGACAGGAUCGAGGAGGGCAUGGACCAGAUCAACGCGGACAUGCGCGAGGCGGAGAAGAAUCUGUCGGGCAUGGAGAAGUGCUGCGGGAUCUGCGUGCUGCCCUGCAACAAGGGAGCGUCGUUCAAGGAGGACGACGGCACGUGGAAGGGCAAUGAUGACGGCAAGGUGGUGAACAACCAGCCGCAGCGGGUCAUGGACGAGCGUAACGGCUUAGGCCCGCAGGCCGGCUACAUAGGCAGGAUAACAAACGACGCCCGAGAAGACGAGAUGGAAGAGAACAUGGGCCAAGUGAACACCAUGAUCGGUAACCUUCGCAACAUGGCGCUGGACAUGGGCUCCGAGCUGGAGAAUCAGAACCGCCAGAUCGACCGCGUCAACCGCAAGGGCGAAUCGAACGAAACGAGGAUAACGCUGGCCAACCAGCGGGCGCACGAGCUCCUCAAGUAAACGUCGGCGGAACACCACACAACACACACGCGUCUCGUGGUCGCGGACUAGUAUUAAUAGCCAAAAGUGUAAACAAAUUUAACUUAGACUUAAGUUACGUACCUACACGCUUGCGGAGGCAAUCGCGGCGGCUUGUUUCCAUACUGUAAGGUUAAAAGCGUACGCGCGAUUGCUAAAGUCGAAAUUACCCGCCUCAGUUGCAUCCACGAGUUCUGGAUAUGUGUCCGGUUUAAAUCCUUCUAGGUCAUUUAAUUAUUAAUUUGUAUUCGAUUUCGAUAAUGGAAAACUAAAUUGACACAUACCUAACCUUAAAAUAGGCCAUAACCUCAAAAAAAUACAAGGACUGCCGUGAAAUGUGUACUAAUCUGUCAAUGUUUUCGAAGACUGCAAGAAUAUGAAGAAGUUACAUCUUUGGCUAUUUCUAUUGACGUAAUAUACUUUACGGGAGCUGAGUUCAUGUUGCGAAUAGGCGUAAACGUUAUUUACACAUAUACUACCACUUUCCAUCGACUACACUAGUCAUGAACUCGUGUCAAAAAGUGAAACAUAAAGUCUAACCCCCUUAUUCAUAAAACUUUACGGCCCUGAUUUAGUUGAAUUAUGUUUUAUCCCUUUCUUACAAAUACAUAAGUCAAAAUAGCAGAUAAAGACAAACGAUUCAUAGCUAAUUCAGGCCAGUAACGCGUUUAUGAAUAACGCCAUAAAUCGUUACGAUUAGUAAUUAAAACGGGGUGUCACUCGUAUCGUAUCCCGUCUUUUAAGAUAUUUUAGAAAUAUGACAUUUAAAACCUUCACGCUUUGUACACAAUAUUAAAUCACAUGUACAAUCGGGUCUAUCGCGAAUUUAUUUUGUUACCUAUAUUUACCGACGUUUCGACACAGGUUUCACUGGUCCCCUGGUGGUAUAGACCCGAUUGUAAAUAUGAUUUAAUAUAUUUCAGAAAUGUAUUAAAAAGGGGCAUUCCACAAAAUGGUCUACUUUGUCGGGGAAGUGACGCGUACCCUAAUAACCUUCAGAAAUCGGUAUUAUAUACCGUUGAAUUUAAAGCUAAGUUAUCAAACAAAGCUUUACCAGAAGUGUUAGAACUAUAGCGUCACGUACACUCUUUUCUGGGAUGCCCCAAAACUACUGAUAGCGUGUUUUAAACUACCACGUUAUUCCUACUGUUGUUUCUAGAAAUAGCUUAAAUUGGGAUUGACGAUACGCGUGUCUAAAACUGAAGAAAGUAUCUGAAUCGUAUGAUUACUUCGAACAGCCGUUGCACAGUGCAGGCGAUAUAAAGACACUACGAAUAUAAAAAACAGCCAGUUCGUGACACAAAACGCUCGCUUAGCCGUUGUCACUUUACACAAGUCCUCCAGAUUAGAUUUACAAAGCGGCCAAUAAAAGUCGUACUUAGUUCCACUAUUUUGAUACAUUAUUUGGCGGUAGUGUGAUUGUUGUGAGGCUAUUUAAAUGUGGGAUUGGAACUAAAUGUGACUUGAUUUGUGUGAGGUGAUGACGCGGUAGUCACUUUCUGUCCACUGGUUGAGGGUACUGUAACACUGAUAUUUGUAUAAUAGAUAUUCUCAAAGCAUAAAGAUGUCAUUAUUAGUCUUGUAAACGUAUACUACAUAGUCUACAUAGUAAUAAUAUAGAAUUUUACGCAAUCGAGGUUCUAGCAGUGAUUUCACUAUGAUCUAAAUAAUAGUAGUUCAUGUGAUUUGUUACAUGAUGAAAGGCAUUUAGAUACGAGUGUGGGUUUAUGAAAUGAGCUGAAAGCGAGUUUCAUAAAAACAUCGCACGAAUGAUUUAACGCAUAAUUAUUACAGUUACAUACACUGCUUUAUCUACACACAUAUUAUAAUAUAAGCUCAGGAACCGUAUGUUACGACCAUGGGCGACCAUGGGCAGGUAGUUGCUGGGGGAAGCAGCUGCUCCCCAUUGCGGCAUUUGAUCUAACACUCAAUAAAAUGUCAUCUUGACUGAUACUAGAAAUGAGGUCAAAUCAAAUUCCUUUGUUUUUCCGAGAGGGUGUAGAUAAACAUUUUAAUAGCUUCUGUCACCAUAUCGAUUUUAGACAUUAUGUCUGAAACUGACAGUAGCGGACUAAAUGACAGGAACAAUGUGUUAGAGAACCUCCAUUAUUUUUACAUAGUCGUCUUCGCAUUCAAAAAAGUGGUGCUUUAUUUUACAUUUUACCUGUAGUUUAAUUUACGGUUUUACCCGACCACGUAUUGAACAGUCCCUCAACCGGUCUUAGAUAUAACUUCGAUAUUUAUAAUAGUAUCUUUAAAUGUGGAUACUUACAUUAACCCAAAUGUAAAAUUGUUAAGAUCCAAUUAUGUGUACUACAAUGCUUAGGCAUUCUACUGUGUUAAGUGAACACUGUAUCUUAACUCUCAUUUUAUACGUUUAGUUAUCUAUCGCUGUACUUCUAUCGCUCAAGAACUAACUUACAUAUCCUAAAAACUUUCUUUUUUACUCUCUGACAUGUACUAACUUUUUGAAUCUUGAUUUUGAUACUUCAAAAAAAUAUACAACAUUUGAAUCGUAUGAUAAUGAUCUUUGGUGCUCAUUUUAUACAGUAGAUCUGUGUGCUGAAAGAGGAUUAUCAUAUAUUCACAUAUAUAAUAUUAUUCUCGUAUAACAGUUACUACAUAAAAUAUACCUACUUAGUAAGAGGCGUUGAAAGUUAUUAUUUUGAGAAAAUGCAUUUACCUGUUGUUAACAAAUAUCAUAGAGCUAAUGUUAAUGUUAGGAAUUUGCUGGACGCUUACAGUUGAAGUGUUUUCAAUCACUACUUAUUUAAAUUAUUUCUGUAAUACAGAACUAUUGUUACUUUUGACACUGUUUAAUGAAAACUCGAUAUAUUUUCUUGUUAGAAGGGGACGUGUAAAUGGCAAUAAUGUAUGGAAGGCUUGGUUUGAUAUGUGAUAAUAGGUUGAAUUAAGGAAUCAGUAUUUAGCCACGUUUCUUAUAAACUUUUAUGGAUCUGAUACGUAUCAGAUGUUUUUUCUGAUUUCAUAGGAGCAUUUAUGUAAUUUUAAAAUAUUUUAGAUCGAUCUAUUUUUCGUAGUAUCAGUAUACACGGAGCCAGCUAUCAGACGUCAGUUGAAGCUUAAUGGACAUAUCCUUGUGAGAUGACAUAUCUGCUUCUAUGAAAUUCGGCCAGUCAGUCGAUGUACCUACUAAAAAUAUAAUACUAGCCAACUAUUAUAAACUACGUAUUAAAUUACUCUACUUAUUUUCUAUUUAUUUUAUGAUUAAAUAAAAAUAUUUUAAUUUCUAAAAUGA